AUGGCUUUCCUGGAUGUUGGGAACCACACUGCAGUCACAGAGUUCAUUUUAUUGGGCUUAACAUAUGACCCAGUCCUUAAAGUCGUCCUCUUCACCAUCAUCCUGUGCAUCUACCUGGUGACUGUGUGUGGGAACCUCAGCACCAUCCUCCUCAUCAGAGUCUCUUCCCAGCUCCAUCACCCCAUGUACCUUUUUCUCAGUCACUUGGCUUCUACUGACAUAGGCAUCUCAUCUUCUGUCACUCCCAAUAUGCUUGUCAACUUCCUGGUUAAUCAAACUACCAUCUCAUACUUUGGAUGUUCUGUACAGCUUGGCUUAGGUGCUUUUUUUGGGGCACUUGAAUGUUUCCUUCUGGCUACCAUGGCUUAUGAUCGCUUUGUAGCAAUUUGUAGCCCACUGCUUUAUUCAACCAAAAUGUCUGCACAAGUCUGUAUCCAUCUAAUUGUAGGAUCUUAUAUAGGGAGUUUUCUUAAUGCUUCCUCCUUCACCCUUUCCCUUUUUUCUUUUCUUUUCUGUGGAACAAACAGAGUCAAUCACUUUUUCUGUGAUUUUGCUCCUUUGAUGGAACUCUCCUGUUCUGAUGACAGAUUCUCUGGAGUUGUUACCUCUUUUUUUGCUGCAUCAGUAGUCAUAAUCACAGUGUUUGUCAUAACUAUUUCCUACACCUACAUCCUCAUCACCAUCCUGAAGAUGCACUCCACUAAUGGCCGCCACAAGGCCUUCUCCACCUGCACGUCCCACCUCACUACAGUCACUCUCUACUAUGGGACCGUCACAUUCAUUUACGUGAUGCCCAAAUCCAGCUACUCCACAGACCAGAACAAGGUGGUGUCUGUGUUCUACAUGGUAGUGAUCCCCAUGUUAAACCCCAUCAUCUACAGCCUCAGGAAUAAUGAGAUUAAAGGUGCACUGAAGAGACAGCUUGGUAAAAAAAAUAUUUUCUUAGGGCAAUCUAUUGUUUUAUAA